GCUGAUUCAGACGGCAAGAACGGUAGUAUUGAGUAUGUUGAGUCUGUGAAGGAAUCACAUGGUGGACGAAUGUCUCAUGAUGGUGGGAGGUCCAGCAGCAGCAGCAGUAGUUCGGACGAUGAGUCUCAUGUUAUUGAUAAAAACAUAGUGAUGAUAGAGUACAGGGAAUCAAAAGAGGAUGCUCUUAAUUCGGUUGCAGAAUCGGAUGCUUUUGAGGAUGUAGUAAAAAUAGCUCGUUUGCCUGAAAUAACUCCUGUUACUGAUGGUGUUUCGAUUAUUGAUGAUUAUAAUUUGGCUGUGGAUGAGCCAAAAGAAGAGGCAUAUGAUACCCCUUCUGUAAAUUUAGUCAGGCCAGCUGAUUUGCCGGAAGUAACUGAAGUUACUGAUAGUGUUCUGGUUAUGGAUGCUUAUAAUUUGGCUGCGGAUGAGCCAAAAGAACAGUCAUAUGAUGCCCCUUCUGUAAAUUUAGUCAAGCCUGUUGAUUUGCCGGAAGUUGCUCAACUUAAAGAUGAUGUUCCGGUUAUUGAGGCUUACAGUUUGGUUGUUGGGAAGUUGACAGAGGAAACCUAUAAUUCAGUUGUGGAAACUAUCCCUGUUGUUGGGUCAGAGAAUGUAUCUAAAGAGGUGGUUCGUGCAAAUGAUAGUUCGACAGUGGAGAGUGCUAUAUGUUCUAAUUUGCUUGAAUUGGGGUUGAAGGAAAGUGAAAAAAAUGAGACUUUAAGGGUUUUACCAGUUGUGAUGGAUAUGGGAUCACAACCAAAGAAGGAUAAAGUGAUUUCAACAGCAGUUGAGAGUUCUGCAGUUUCUUCUGUUGCAACAGCCUCUUCAGCACGAGUGGAUGAAGACAAACUGUUUCCGUCAUCCAGUGUUCCAGCAGUUGAUAAUAGUAAUGGUGCAGACCUUAUAAAAGAUUCUGUGAUUACUGAAGCCUCUGAUAGCCAGCCUUUGGUAGCGUUGGCCCCACGACCAGUGCAAACACCAUUCUGGAAGAGUUGUUGUGGACUGUUGGAGGUGUUUGCAGGCUCCAAUAGAUAAUUACAGAAACAGAGCAUGGAGAAGAGCUGGAGUGGACUGGUGAAGCUACUGGAACUUGAAGGAGUUGGGUCAUGGAAGUGUGUAACUUUCUACUCUCAAGUUUCUUUAAUAAUGGUCAAUGGGCCUCAUAUAUAAACAAUCAUGAGAUUUUCUGUAAAUGUUAGUGUUAUUUAAGAAAGCAACUGAAGUCAGUUUUUUGAAUACUGCUUUUCAGUUGAUUUUGCAGUGGCAAGUGUUUUUCCUUUUUGUUGGUGUGCUAUAUCUUUGUGUUGGAUGGGAAAGUUUUCAAAAUUCAGAAUUAGGUUUCGGUUUUAUAUCAUUGUUUGCUUUGUCUC